CACACAAAGUGAGGAGAAAAAACGAAAACAAACGGAAAGAAAGACGAAAGGAAAAGAAAAACGAAAGAAAGAAAGAAAAGGGAAUCGAAGAAAUAAAAGGCGAAGAAAAUGUGUUCUCCAAGUAAAAGGCGGGAUAUGGAUGUCAUGAAGUUGAUGAUGAGUGAUUACACAGUGGAAACUAUCAACGAUGGUCUGACGGAAUUCAAUGUUAAGUUUCACGGUCCUAAAGAAAGUCCUUAUGAAGGAGGGGUCUGGAAAGUCCGCGUUGAACUCCCAGAUGCUUACCCAUACAAGUCACCAUCUAUUGGCUUUGUGAACAAAAUAUUUCAUCCGAAUGUUGACGAGCUGUCUGGCUCUAUAUGCUUGGAUGUAAUUAAUCAAUCAUGGAGUCCGAUGUUUGAUCUUUUCAAUGUAUUUGAGGUGUUUCUUCCACAGCUAUUACUUUAUCCAAAUCCGUCAGAUCCAUUGAAUGGUGAUGCAGCAUCCUUGAUGAUUAAGGACAAGCAACAAUAUGAGCAAAAAGUAAAAGAAUAUUGUGAGAGAUAUGCAAAGAGGGAAAAGAUCGAUGAUGCUUCUUCAGAUGAGAGCAGUGAUGGCGAGAUAACUGACGAUGGUAGCGGUUUUGAUGAUGAUGACAUUGCUGGAAAUUCAGACCCCUAAAUUAAUGACAGUAGUGUGUACACAUCUAUCAGAGGAUAACCUUUUACGUACAGCUCAUCUAUUCUUAUGUAGGACCAACCCAUAAUUAUAAUGUACAAUUGGCAAAAUUUUAAUGUAAUACAAUUAGGCGCGGCAUACAUGUGUAGAAUUUUAUAGCCAUGUGUGCUGGCAAAGCAUAGCAACUUAGAGGACGAAUGUAAGUUGUUACUAUUAUUCUUUAUGCAUCUUAUUUUCAAAGAACAGGCUACAAUUCGGUGGAAGCGCGAUAUAAAUAUGGUACAGUUUUGAAGUAUUUA